AUGCUUCAGGGUUUAGGGUUUAGGCAGCAGCAGCAGCAGCAGAAGCAGCAGGAAUGUCCACCGGCGAAGCGCUCCCGUGUAGCUGAAACGCUCAACAACGGCGCGCAGCAGCAGCAGCAGCAGCAGCAGCAGCAGCAGCAACAGCAGCAGCAGCAGAAGGAAGAGACGCAGGAGCAACAGCCGCAACAGCAAGCAGCAACAACACCAGCAGCAGCAACACCAGCAGCAGCAGCAGCAGCAACAGAGCAGCAAGCAGAGCCUGUAGCAGAACAGCAGCAGCAGCAAGAAGAGGUGCAGCAGCAGCAGGAUACGACUGGGGUUGCGGCACAGGAGCAGCAGCAGCUGCAGCAGGAGCAGCAGCAGGAGCAGCAAACAGAAGCAGCAGCAGCACCAGAAGCAGCAGCAGCAGCAGCAGCAGCAGCAGCAGCACCUUAA